AUGCCUGACCAAUCCGUUCAGUGUGUCGCGCUUAGAGCACUGUUGGGCCAGCAGAAAGUCCUUUUGCCCGAUAACACUGCCUAUACGACAUCACUAAGCUCCUACUUCUCGCAGCAGGAGGCAGCUGUUCAACCUGCAUGUAUUGUACUUCCGCAGACGUCAUUAGAUGUCUCGGAAGCAGUGAUAUCCCUUCAAAAGCCGGAAAAUGGACAGCGGUGCCCCUUUGCAAUUCGCUCAGGUGGUCACACUGCCUGGGCUGGUGCAGCCAAUAUUGCAGAUGGCGUCGUGAUUGAUCUCCGCAACCUAAAUACCAUUGAAUUGUCGCCGGAUCAGUCGACUGUCUCUGUUGGGGUGGGGGCUUCUUGGGAUAUGGUCUACGCUCUGCUUGACCCGCUUGGUCUCAGUGUGAAUGGUGGCCGAGCAGCUGGAGUAGGCGUCGGGGGUCUCUGCCUUGGCGGCGGUAUCUCAUAUUUCUCACCUCGAUAUGGCUGGACCUGCGACACCGUAACCAAUUACCAAAUCGUCCUCGCCGAUGGAUCUCUUGUGAAUGCCAACGCGCAGUCAAACCCCGACUUAUUCCGAGCUCUGAAAGGAGGAAACAACAACUUCGGCAUCGUGACUCAAAUUGAACUAAUAACCUUUGCACAAGGAGACAUAUGGGCUGCUACAAUGUACAAUGAUCUCAGCAUUGUCGACGAUAUUAUUGCUGAGUUUGUCAAGAUUAAUUCUCCCACCGCAUAUGACGAAUAUGCAUCUCUUAUCACGUCUUUCGGGUACUCGCAGGCUCGAAACAUGAUGGUCAUUUCGAGCAACCUCGAGUACACGAAGCCCGUUGAGAAUCCGCCUGUAUUCGAGGACUAUCUAGCGCUACCGAGUAUGAUGUCUACGUCUCAGAUUACAAAUAUGACUAACCUUGCCUUUGCGACUCAAGCCCUUCAACCGAAUGGAGCAAGAUCCCUUUCUCUCGUAACUACCCUGCUUUCCACAGCACCAGUCAUCAAAGCAGCCUACGAAGCAUGGAAAUCCAGCGUUCCCUCUAUCAAGAAUAUCCCAAACAUCGUCUUCGCACUAGCCCUUGAACCCCUCCCACCAAUUUUCUACUCUCGACAUGCAAGCUCCAAUUCCAUGGGCCUCGACGACAGGGCAGACUCCCUCAUUGUCGCCCUCAUCAGCGCAACAUGGAUUACGCCCGAUGAUGAUGCGCUCGUAGGCACCACGGCUCAUUCACUUCUAAAUAGCAUCAAUGCCGCUGCUAGACAGCUCGGUGGAUUGGAUCCGUAUGUCUAUCUUAACUAUGCGGGUCAGAAUCAGGAUCCUAUUGAGAGUUAUGGGCACAAAAGCGUUAGGCAGUUGCAGAAGGUUAGAGAGAGAGUAGAUCCGACUUUGGUAUUUACUCAGCAGGUGCCUGGUGGGUAUAAGAUUCCUUCGUCGUAGGAGUCUAUUAUGGUACUCAAGAAUAGAAGCAUAUAUUAACAAGACAGUAUUAAUAUCCUUCAUCAUUAAUGAAGCGUGGCUUUUCAGGAAUACGUAGAAAUGAAAACCACUUCAGUUGAAAGACAUAGUUACUCCCAAUUCACCAGCAUGGUCUCCUCCCCCUUCAGCCCCGUAUACCUCACACUAUCCCUCCACACCAUCAACCUCUUGCUCUCAUCCCUAGCUUCAGGACUAAUCUCAGCCACCUCAGAGCCAUCCAGAUACAUUCCCUGCGGCCGCUCUCCCAGAACAGGGUUACAAUCCAAAGCCGCCGCCAAAAUAUCCCCUGCAGACUUUUCGGGUGUACGGAUGUCGUUGUUACCAGUAGGGUUGCGCCAAUGCUUGAUAGCGGCAAGUAUCGGGAGAAGAAGCUGGAACAAGAUCACUCGGAUGAAAAAAGGGCUGUGGCGGGCUAGGUUAGUGGGGACGGUGCCGGGAUCGACGCCGAGA